AAUUCAUCAAUUCAUUUCUUUCUGAGUAACUUCUGGAAAAGAUUUCAAAGCAGCAGGUAAGCAGUAUAAAAGGGCGCUAAACAGGUCAUCCCGCCGGCGCGGCAAACCGGCGAUUUUCUUCCCACGAACACGAGGAAUUUUCCGGCCAAAAUCCUUGUGUCUAUAACUUGAGAAUGCCUCCCAGGAAAGAGCCGUGCCGAAAUUUCCUCCGUGGAAGCUGUCAUUACGGUGAUCGUUGUAAAUUUCUUCAUGUUACCCAACAACAGCCAAAACCAAAUGUAUUUGGAUUUGGCAGCCAAAGUGGCACACAGUUUCAGAGGACGAAUUUUCAGCAGCAGCAGCAGCCCAAUCCUUUCGGGUUUGGUGUUCAGAAUAACUCUCAGUCAAGAGGAGUCAAUGAUGUUGGUUUAAAACAGAAUCAACAAAAGCCAUUUGAAAAUAAGUGGAUCCGUUCAUCUGCAAAUGCCAGUAAUACCUCUGCACGGCAACCUGACAAUCAGCAGGGAGCAGCAAAUCAUGUCUGCACAGAUCCAGAGUCUUGCAAACGUCAAAUCAUUGAAGAUUUUCAAAAUGAGAAGCCUCUUUGGAACCUUACCUGCUAUGGGCACCGGAAAAAUGGCCCCUGUGAUGUCAUUGGUGAUGUUAGCUAUGAAGAGCUGCGAGUAGCAGCAUAUGAUGAUGCUAAGCGUGGGCUGAACUUACAAUCAAUUGUUGAGAGGGAGAGGGGUCUAAUUACACCCAAGUUAGCUGAAUUUGAUAACUUAGUUCGUAAUUCUUAUUCAGCUUCAGCAAAUUCAGCUUUUGGUUCUGGUUCUCAGAGUCCUCUUUUUGGGGCCAGUCAAAAUGUCACGAGUACUCAAAGUCCUCCACUCACCUCAAGUUUUAGUCAGUUGGGUGCUUUUUUGAAUACAGGGCUAUCAGCUACCCCAAGUAACACUUUGCAGCAAUCAAAUCCCUUUGAGAACUUCAGUCAGAUGCCGGGUACAUUUGGGGUGAAUAAUGUGCCAUUUGGAAAUGCAGGUUCUUUGGGCAGCCAGUUUGGUGCUCAGUCAUUUCAUAGCCCCUUCUCCUCCAGUUCAGCAACCCUCAACAAUGCCAUGGCUGGUGAGAGGAACUCAUCUUCCAUGUCUCUCUUUCCACAACUUUCUGGUUCUAUUGGACAGUCAUUUGGCAAUACUGGCUUGAUAAAGCAGAAGGAGAAAGCUAUUUUAGAUGAUAGCAUCUGGAGUAAGGAGUGGAAGAUUGGAGAGAUUCCAGAAGAAGCACCCCCAGAUGAAUACAUCUUCUAGAACUUCUCUGGCGCUUGGCUAUCAUAUCCCACCUGACACUCAAAUGCCAAGCCGCGUGAAAAAAACAUGUUCUCGGAGAUGAAAAGGCUGUUGUAUCUUGACCCAUUAGAUAAGGUUUCCUGAUGCUGUGAUUCAUAAUUCCUUCCAGCUCACCUUCAGGUCCUUUCUGGGAGUGUAUUCUAUAUAGAGGCUUACUGUGAUACAUAUACAAGAAAGGGAACAGAAAGAAAAUGGAUUCUAAUUUGGGUUUGGAUUGAUGAUCUACGGUUCUUAGCAAAUUAGAGAACAUAUAGGGGGUGUAACAGUUGACCAGUCAUAGCUUUUGCCUCCUCUUUAAUCCUACUAAAACACACAUACAUAAGAUUUUAGAAAGCAGCAGGAAGGAGGAUAGGGGUUUGUUUGUUGAUGUAUAAUGUAUUGCAGGUGGAAGGCACUUUUCAGAGUGAAUAGUUAUGAUUUUAUCAUGUUUUUUAGAUGUUCAAUUUUAUUCUUGUUUUCUUUAUUUGUUGGCCUUUAUGAUGUAAAGAUACUAAUAAUUUAUUUGCAAAGAGGAUUCCAGCGUU